AUGAUUGUCGCCUCUCUUCGGCUUCGGACGCGGACAUUGGAGGGUGGAACGGACCUCUUGAACCCUGCGAUGCUCCAAGCCACACAGCAACUCGUCAUCAUCAACUUUUACGACCGCGCUAUCCGUUCAUCACAUCCGAUUACCGGCCUUGGGACGCUGAGCCUCCCGACGGCCCUCGCUGCGGCCCCUGAACCCGCCAGCGGUACAUCGCCAAGGAUCCCGUGCUCUCCUAGUCUAGUCGAUGUGAGACCGCUUCACUGCCGAUUCGCUGCCGAUCUUCUCUGUGUCACCAAACUGCGAGUCUACGAGGGGCGCAAGUCCGUUCUUGAAAGUAUGCGCCCUUCGACCCUCUUCGACACGCAUUCUGUCGCCAUCUCCCUUGUUCUAGUCGCCGUGGCACGUCUGCGUCAAGAUCUGGCCGCAUCAGACGCGGAUUCGACGCUGUCGGUCAGGCGCGGCCGCCUGGCCGCGCUGUCAGCAGAAAAGGGGUCUUAG